AGCCCCUGGCCUCUGCUGGCUUAGCACAAACACUUCCCGUCCCCAGAGCUCCGGGCCCACACACAGCGCUGACCUGGGUGGCCAGGCCCCGGGGAGCCCAGGCUCUCAGGCAGGGCAGGCAGGGGUGGCCUGGGCCCGGCUCCGGACAGCCACCUCCCGCUCUGAUGCUGUCCGGUCCCCGGCUCCGAGACGGAGGCCUAGGGCUCUCCCUGUGAGCCCCUCCCUGGGGUCUCCCUCCCCACCGCGCCCCCACCCCGCUCUUCUCACCCCAGAGGGAGCAGGAAGCCCCCAGAGAAGGGAGAGGUCCCAGGCAGGGGCGCCAGUGACGACCUCCGCGGGGGCCGGGGGCUCUCACGGCUGACGGCCCCUCCAGCUGCACCACCCGGGGAGCUCACCGCCGGGCCCUGCGUGCGCCCACCCGCCAGGCAGCCACCCACGCACAGCAUGUGCGCGCUGCCAGUGCCCCGGGAGCCCCUGCGCCGCGUGGCCGUGACCGGGGGCACCCACGGCAACGAGCUGUCCGGCGUCCACCUGGUGCGGCACUGGCUGCGGGCGCCGGGGGAGCUGCGGAGACCCAGCUUCGCCGCCACGCCCGUGCUGGCCAACCCGGCCGCCGCGGCCGCCUGCCGCCGCUACGUCGGCUGUGACCUCAACCGGGCUUUCACCAGCGGCUUCCUCAGCGCGAAGGCCAGUCCAGACGACCCGUAUGAGGUGACAAGGGCCCGGGAGCUGGACCAGCUCCUGGGGCCCAAAGCCUCGGGCGCGGCCUUCGACCUGGUCCUGGACCUGCACAACACCACAGCCAACGUGGGCACCUGCCUCAUCGCCGAGACGGCCCACCAAGUCUUCGUCAUGCACCUGUGCCGCCACCUGCAGCUGCAGACCCCAGAGCUGCCCUGCCGGGUCCUCCUGUACAAGCAGCCGGGGGAGGAGAGCUACCACGUGGGCUCUGUGGCCAAGAACUCGCUGGGCCUGGAGCUGGGCCCGCAGCCUCAGGGCGUGCUGCGGGCCGACGUCUUCUCCCGCAUGAGGGCCCUGGUGGCCUCCACUCUGGACUUCGUGGAGCUCUUCAACCAGGGGGCCGCCUUCCCAGCCUUCGAGAUGGAAGCGUACAGAAACCUGGGCGGCGUGGACUUCCCUCGCACGGCCGACGGGGACCUUGCGGGCACCGUGCACCCCCAGCUGCAGGACCGAGACUUCGAGCCCCUGCAGCCCGGCGCCCCCAUCUUCCAGCUGUUCAGCGGCGAGGACGUGUGCUAUGAGGGGGAGUCCACUGUGUACCCCAUAUUCAUUAACGAGGCCGCCUACUACGAGAAGGGCGUGGCCUUCAUCCGGACGGAGAAGUUCACCUUCUCCGUGCCCGCCCUGCCCGCGCUGGCCCCCACCCCCACCCUGGUGCCCUAACCCAUGCUGCUGACCAGGCUCUGCCCCCGGGGCCCCCCUACUCCCCCACCCAGGCCUCAAUUUCCCAUUCUGUAAAAUGGAAGACGGGCCGGCGCCGCGGCUCACUAGGCUAAUCCUCCGCCUAGCAGCGCCGGCACACCGGGUUCGAGUCCCAGUCGGGGCGCCGGAUUCUUUCCCGGUUGCCCCUCUUCCAGGCCAGCUCUCUGCUGUGGCCUGGGAGUGCAGUGGAGGAUGGCCCAGGUGCUUGGGUCCUGCACCCCAUGGGAGACCAGGAAAAGCACCUGGCUCCUGGCUCCUGCCAUCGGAUCAGCGCAGUGCGCCGGCCGCAGCGCGCCGGCCGCGGCGGCCAUUGGAGGGUGAACCAACGGCAAAGGAAGACCUUUCUCUCUGUCUCUCUCUCUCACUGUCCACUCUGCCUGUCCAAAAAAAAAAAAAAAAAAAAAAAAAAAAAAGGAAGACGCCCGGGGGA